CUGCAUUGCGGGUGACGUCUUAAAUGGGCGUCGCUGGUUGUGUGUUUACGGCGAUACACGUCAGUGGUUCAGAUUUUAUCAAAUGUUUCAUAUGUGUAUAUUGUAAACAUGAGAUUGUGUGAACGGGAUAUUUCAGGUCUAAUAAGUUAUGGAGAAGGAAGAUUUUUGGAUCACCUCAUGGCCUAGAAAAACUUUUCAGAACAUGAGAUCAUUAACUGCUCCACCCUUUCUAUGAUCUGUCUUUCUUUCACUCUCUCUCGUCUACCUGCGUCAUCUUGCUCGUCCACACCCUUUAAUGCACCUUUUUAGCAUCCCGGAUGAAACAAUAACCCUUGAUCAACAUCACACGUAUCCUGGCUUAAACCGGUGUUAACCAUGUACAACGGAAUAUUUUUGGAAUAUUUCAGGACCUAAUUCCUUAAAAACAGGGUUAUAUGAUGGAGGCUCUGACAGGUGGCAGCACCCCUGCCCUUUGCUCCUAUGGCACGCUGCUCACCUGUUUCCCCAUACUCACCUGGCUGCCCAGGUACAAGCUCACCUGGCUGAAGAUGGACCUGAUCGCAGGGCUUACCGUGGGGCUUACCGUGGUCCCCCAAGGCCUGGCUUAUGCAGCGGUGGCUGGUUUACCUGUGCAGUACGGUUUGUAUUCUGCUUUCAUGGGCGGAUUCAUCUAUUGUAUUUUUGGCACGUCGAAAGACAUCACACUGGGCCCAACGGCCAUCAUGUCCCUGCUGUGUUCGUCAUAUAUCGGUGGAGACCCUGUUUUCGCCGUUGUGCUCACCCUCUUGUGCGGGGUUAUUCAAACGGGAAUGGCCCUGCUGAGAUUGGGGUUUCUUUUGGACUUCAUCUCUUAUCCGGUCAUAAAAGGAUUCACGUGUGCUGCCGCGGUCACCAUUGGCUUUGGUCAGGUUAAGAACAUCCUUGGUCUGAAGGACAUCCCGCAGAGUUUCUUUCCGCAGAUGUAUUACACAUUUCAGAGGAUCCCAGAGGCCAGGAUAGGGGAUGUAGUUUUGGGUCUGUGCUGUCUGCUGUUUCUGAUCAUGUUGACGGUGAUGAAGAAUUCUCUAAGUUCUGAACAAGAAACCUCUCGCGUUGUCCGAGCAGCCAGAGGAAUAGUGUGGAGUUUAGCCACCGUUCGUAACGCUCUGGUGGUCAUAGCAGCGACGGCUGUCGCAUACUCCGUGGAGGUCACCGGAAGCCAUUUCUUCAGCCUCACCGGAAAAACAGCCACAGGCCUUCCUCCGUUCGAAGCGCUGCCCCUCUCCGAUACGUUAGCCAAUGGUACGGUUAUUACUUUCAGUGAAAUUGCUAAGGAUUUGGGAGGCGGACUGGCUGUCAUUCCGUUAAUGGGCGUCCUUGAAAGCAUUGCUAUUGCCAAAGCAUUCGGAAGCAAGAAUAACUACAGAAUUAAUGCCAACCAAGAGCUCUUUGCCAUCGGUCUCACAAACAUCAUGGGCUCAUUUGUGUCGGCUUAUCCCGUCACCGGCAGUUUCGGGAGAACUGCAGUAAAUUCCCAAAGCGGCGUAUGCACACCUGCAGGCGGUGUAGUCACAAGUGUCAUCGUGCUGUUGUCGUUGGCGUUUCUUAUGCCGCUGUUCUAUUACAUUCCCAAAGCUUCACUCGCUGCGGUUAUAAUAUGUGCCGUGAGCCCUAUGAUGGACUACAGAGUCCCCGUUCAGCUCUGGAGAGUCAAGAAACUGGACCUGCUGCCCUUCCUGGUGACGUUUUUGAUGAGUUUCUGGGAGGUGCAGUAUGGGAUUGUGGGAGGUGUCGUCGUGUCCGUUUUUAUGUUGCUGUACACCAUGGCUAGACCGAAAGUAAAGGUGUCGGAUCACAGCGUUGUGAUCCUGGAGUUGGACAGCGGGUUGAAUUUUCCCAUGACGGAGCAUCUGAGCAGGCUUGUCUACACGCAUGCACUUCAGGCAUCUCCUGCGCGGUGUCUGGUUCUAGACUGUUCUCAUGUCAGCUGUAUAGACUACACUGUUGUUCAUGAACUUGCAGAAUUACUCCAGCAAUUUGAACUCAAAGGCCUUUCGCUGGCCUUUGCCGGACUAAAGCCUUCAGUUUUAAAGGUGCUCUUGAUGGCCGAUCUUCCUGCUUUUAGAUACACAGACAGUGUAGACGAGGCACUACAACUUUUGACUGGACGGUCACAUUGCGACUAACAAUUCUAACACUUACUGUCAGCCAAUCAACACUUGAACCCUCAAACUCUCUGCUCAGUGAUUGGCUGAUGGAAUUACUGCGCACAUCUUUGACCAUUCACCACUCAGGAAGAGAGACAUUAAUACUAAUGUAAUGUUGGUUACGUCGUCAUCGUGUAAAUAUAAGUAUAUUUUUGCACUUCUAAGAGAGCUUUGGAAAUCAUGAGAGCUAUUUCUUAUAUUGAUAGUUUAUGUAUUUUUUCAUUGCUUUUUUUGUCUUUUAAAAAAAUCCUGAAUUAUAUUUUUAUACACAUUCUUAACACAAGAACAAAUAAUCAAAACUUUAACAACACAUGAAAAAACUGUAGUAUACUUUAAUAUUUACUAUAGUAAACCGUAGUAAAUGUUAGUAGUCUGCUGUAGUAUAUUAUUGCUACACUUUGUUAACGUAUACUAUAGUAUUUUGUACUAUUAACUACUGUAUAGUGAAUGGAUAAACUGUAGUAGAUACUGUAGUAUACUUUAAUAUUAACUAUGAUACAGUAGUGUAUCUAGUAAUUCAGUAUACUACGUUUUUUUUUUUAAUCUAGGAUAACAAACACUAUGGCUGUGUCCGAAAUAGCCCCCAUCAUCCACUUUUCCCUACAUUAGUUCACUAAUAUUGUCCACUUGACUGAGUGAAUGAAAACAUUUGAAUGAUUUCGGACACUAAGCGCCCCAUCUUGUGAAUAGGUAGUGGCUAGUCGUACACUCAUUAUUGCGGUGAAAUAUGGUAUUGACUAUAAUUUCAGACACCACUACAAGUAUAGGGAGCUAUAUCAGACACAGCCUAUAAAUCAGGUUAUACAAUUUGGAUGGAUUAUGGAGAGAGGGACCACCUAAAGCGUUCUGCACUAUACAAACUGUACUGUAAUGUCUAUCAAGUUCCCAGCAUUAAUUGUUUAAUGUUUUGUCCAUUGCACAUGCAGAAUAAGUUUACAUUUUAAUUUCUUGAUGAAACUGAAUUUGUACCAGGAAGCUGAUUUAUGAUUUUGAUUUUGAUGAAGUGACCAAGAUCAAAUAGACUUUAUACAGUAUAUUAACAUUUGUGCCUCAUUGUCUAGAUGUGGGUGUAUCUGAAAUGUCUUGUUUUAUAUAACAGUUAUAGGCUAUUAUGUUUCAAUGCUUUCGAUUUGAUUUACAUUUAUGCAUUUGUGAGACUCUUUUUACUCCAAAGUGACUUGCAGUGGGUUACUUUCAAGGUAUACAUUAUAUUAUUUUAUACAACGGGGGCUGUUGAAUGCUUUAUUCUGAUUGGUUGAGAAAUGUUUCAAUUAUUUUUAUGUAAAAUGCACACCUGUCAAAUGUUUUAAAAUAAUCACCAGAGCAAUUUAUGUUGUACCGUGGUAUAAUUAUUUAAAAAUAAUGCAUCGCAUUACCACAUUGGGUGUGCAUUUUUUUCGAAUAAUUCAACGGCCUGUCGUCAAAUAUUUCUUAAAUAUGUGUUCUCUGGGAUUGAACCCACAACCUUUUGCACUGCUUAAUGCAAUGAUCUACCUUAAAAAAAUCUCAGUUAUAAAAAAAAAACAUUAUCUCCUUCAAAAUAAAUGGUGUAAUAAAGUAAUUUAAGAAAAAAUUGCUGAUUUUUUUUUUUAAACAGCAGGUGGCGUAUUGAUGAUUUUGUACGUGCAUAUAAGUGC